AUGAGCAACAAGGGCCGGUCAACACCGCGCGUCGUCUGCUGCGCGAUACCCAUCGCGCGCGCCGCUGGCAAGGUCCUCGUCAUCACCAGCAGGAAGCGGCCAAAUAACUGGGUCUUGCCCAAAGGAGGGUGGGAGCCGACGGACGGGGUGCUAGAAGCAGCAGCCUCGCGGGAAGCCUUGGAAGAAGCGGGCGUCCGCGGCACAAUCACGCGCUUCGUCACGACGAUCCCGUCCGCGUCAUCAACCUACCACUUCUACGAGCUCGACGUCGCCGACCUCGACGCCGAGUGGCUCGAGAGCAAAGAGCGCCGGCGAGAGUGGGUCGACUACGCCGAGGCCAUCCGACGGCUCUCCUGGAAGGCCGAGCUCGCGCAGGGGCUUUCGCUCUCCACGCUCGCCCCGCCGAAGCGGUGA